CCUCUGUUUUUCUUGAGAGAAAAAAAAGAAAAUAUUAAAGCAGAAUUCUGGCCAUUUCUGAAUAUGCCUCAUCCUUGUCAAGACUACAGCUCCUCUCACACGCCGACGUACUGAGAUCCAGCUUGGAAAGGAGACUCCAUGACCAGAAUCUCCACAUUUGGUGUCAGAAGUGGGAUUGAGAGGCUUUGUGGCUUGAAGAAGGUCGGACCGAAGUGAAAUAUGCCAAAAGCUCAGUCUAAAAGUUCAAGAGGUGAGCCUGCAGAAGAAAGUUUGGAAGUGGGGGCUGUUGAUGAUGGCAGUGUGGGUGCAGCUCCAAGUGGUGAAUCCAAGGACCCUGUCAACAUGAAUGACAUCGCCAGUAUGAUGCAGAUUUGUCUCCAGUUCCAGCGUGACCUGGGGGAAAAAUUAGAAAAGGAGACAAUCAAGCAGGAUAAAAGGUGGCGACAGCUCCAAAUCCAAGUUAACAAUAUAAGAGAUGACAUGAAGCAGCAGAGAGAUGAAGGUGUCCCCAGCCAGAGUGCAACACCUGAACUGCCACAUGAGGACGAGCAGCCAAGCUUCAGUGGUGCUGAGACCAGACCAGGAGACAGAGGCUGGGGUCAGGCGGUUGUUCCUCGGCUGGAAGAAGAGGAUGAUAUUGAGCAGUACCUGACCACCUUUGAGAGGCUAGCGGUGGCGUACCAGUGGCCGGAAAUGGAAUGGGCUGUACGGUUGGUUCCACAUUUGACUGGCAAAGCACGAGCAGCAUAUGUAGCUAUGGCAGCUGGGGACUCACUGGACUAUAGAAGUGUCAAAGAAGCCAUUUUAGCAAAGUAUGCUAUUAAUGAAGAUGUCUACAGGCAGCGCUUCAGAGAGCCAGAUGUUCAGCCAAACGAGAGCCCAAAAGAGUUUUACAAUAGACCAAAGGACUUGUAUCACAACUGGAUUCAACCAGCCAAGAGAAACAAAGAAGAAAUUGAAGAGAUCUUCAUCCUGGAACAGUUUUACCGUUGUCUUUCACCUGAACUCAGAGUGUGGGUGCGGGAGCGCGAACCCAAGUCUGCAAAAGAGGCGGCUUUUCUUGUGGAAACCUUUCUAGCAGCCCGAAGAGGCCCAAAAAGUUUCCGAUUUGAGCCGACACAGAAGUCAAGCGCCAUACGAGGUAAGCCAUCGGUAACGGGUGGUGGUGGUGGUGGUCCUGGAGAGGCUGAAUCAGUAAGACCCACUGAAAAACCCAGCAAUUUAAAUAAGGCUAGGACUGCAAUGCCUGUUUGUUUCUACUGUGGUCAAGAAGGUCAUAUCAAGCCUAACUGUCCAGUUAGGAAAGCUAAAACGGCCUACUUCUGUACAGUGCCACGCCCCUCUCAGACAGAAAACAAAGUUGUGGGAAAGAGGCAGGUUGUAACAGCUAAAAUUAACAACAAAGUGGUGGAAGCUCUUCUUGACACCAGCAGUGUUCAAACUUUGAUUCAUCCAUCACUGUUAAAUGACAGAGCUAUACUCGGGAGAACAGUACUUGAUAUAUGCGUGCAUGGUGAUCACAAGUCCUAUCCUAUUGCAGUGGUUUACCUUGAGAUAGCUGAGCAAACUUUUCUGAUGUCAGUUGGAGUUGUUGAUAGCUUGGCCUAUCCAGUCAUUUUGGGACAAGAUCUUCCUAUUCUUCAGGAAUUGGUGGGAAAUUGUAAACCAGUAAAUACUGUAACAAGGUCGCAAAAGCGGACUCAGAAUUUGACACAAGAGAGUGAGACCCAAAAGGGCCCUGUGUCAAUGAGACAGUCUGGUGUAAAGAUUUAUAAAAAGGAUGCACCCGAUGUGACUAACUCUCUCUCAGAGUUGCCAUUUUUCGAUGUCAUAUUGCCAGAACAGAAUGUUAAGAUGAGGAAAACCAGGGCACAAAAACGUAAAGAGAAGAUGUUGGGCACAAUUAGAAAAAACUGUAGUUAUCAAGAGCCUGAGGUGCCUAAAUGUGAUGAAAUUGAUUUCAUGCAGCUCCAACAUAAAGAUACAUCACUACAAAGUUGCUUCAGGAAUGCAGAGGUCGAGCAGGGUCGUGUAGCAGAUAGAGGUUUUUUUCUCAGGGACAAAGUUCUUUACUACAAAGAUAAUCAAGAUGAUUAUGCCAGGUUAGUGGUUCCACAACAGCUGCCUGAACAGGUGUUGCACCUGGGCCACAGUAUUCCCUGGGCAGGUCAUCUAGGCACAAGGAAAACCUUAGACCGGGUGGCUAGUAGAUUUUAUUGGCCAGGUCUUAACACUGAUGUACAGAACUUUUGUCAGUCUUGCUCAGUCUGUCAACUGGCAAGCGAUAAAAAUGUCCCUAAAUAUCUGCUCCAACCACUGCCGAUCAUAGACGUUCCAUUUAGUCGCAUAGCCAUGGACAUUGUGGGUCCCGUGGAACGAACACAGUCAGGAAACCGCUACAUAUUGGUUAUUUGCGACUAUGGCACUAGGUAUCCAGAAGCUUUUCCACUUCGUGACAUCACUGCUAAACAAAUUGCUUAUGCACUACUGCAGCUUUUCUCUAGGGUGGGAAUUCCUUCAGAAAUACUCACAGAUCAGGACACAAACUUCCUCUCAAACACACUGAAACAGGUUUACAGGCUUUUAGGUAUUAAGAGUAUUAGGACCACUGCUUAUCACCCCCAAACCGAUGGCUUAGUGGAGAGAUACAAUCGAACUCUUAAAAGCAUUCUGAGGAAGUUCAUCUCCAUGAAUGCUAAAGAUUGGGACAAGUGGCUCCCCUAUUUACUGUUUGCCUAUAGAGAGGUGCCUCAAGCUUCCACGGGGUUCUCCCCUUUUGAACUUUUGUACGGAAGGCAGGUCAGAGGACCCCUUGAUGUACUGCAAGAAGCCUGGGUAGGCGCCCAGACAAAGAAAACAAGUGUUCUUGAGUUUGUUUUGCAGAUGCGAGAAAAAAUGGAACAGACAACCAGACUUGUACGGAAGCAGUUGGAGAAGGCACAGCAUACACAGCAAACCUGGUAUGACAAGUCGGCGCGCCAAAGAUCUUUCAACCCUGGCCAGCAGGUAUUGCUACUUCUUCCAACAGCUGAAAACAAACUAUUGGCAAAAUGGCAAGGCCCCUAUACCGUGCUGAGAAAACUGAGUCCAACAACAUAUGAGAUUGAGAUGCCUGAGAGGAGAGAUCCAAAACAAACCUUCCACAUCAACUUGCUAAAGGAAUGGAAAACCCGGGAUAUGCCAUCCCAGCAGCAGUUGUUUGUUCGGACUGUGGAAGAGGAGGAUGAGUAUGAUUUUACGCCUUCUAAUGAGAACUUUGCUUCACUUGACCUCUCUCAUCUCUCUCUGAAGCAACAGGAGGAGUUACAAGCCAUCAUACCAGAAGGAUUGUUUCAGGAGAAACCAGGAGCUACAGACUUGGUGGAGCACAAUAUUCAUCUGAAAAAUGCCAACCCUAUCAGACAGAAAAUGUACCGGAUCCCUCAGAGACUGGUUCCGAUCUUGGAGGAGGAGAUCACUGUUAUGAAAGAGCUGAAGGUAAUCGAGCCAUCUACCAGUGAAUGGUGUAAUCCUGUAGUCUUGGUGGUUAAGAAGGAUGGAACCAUCCGGUUUUGUAUUGAUUUUCGGAAGGUUAAUGCUCAGUCUAAUUUUGAUGCAUAUCCCCUUCCUCGGCUGGACGAUCUAAUCGAGAAGGUGGGCAGAGCCAAAUACAUCACAACCCUUGAUCUUUGUAAGGGGUAUUGGCAAGUUCCUUUGUCUGAUGAUGCUAAACCUGUGACUGCUUUUAGAACCCCUCAAGGACUGUGGCAGUUUACAAAGAUGCCAUUUGGACUCCAUGGAGCACCUGCUACUUUCCAGCGCUUGAUGGAUAGAGUGUUGAGGGGUAUGACCACCUUUUCUGCAGCAUACCUUGAUGAUGUUGUUAUUUAUAGCGCAUCGUGGCAAGAACACCUGAUUCACUUGGCGGAAGUGCUGAAGAAAAUUAAAGAGGCAGGAUUAACCAUCAACCCACGGAAAUGUGCUAUGGCCAAAUCUGAAACCCAGUACUUGGGUUAUGUGCUUGGAGGAGGAAUGAUUAAGCCAGUAAUGGACAAAGUUCGAGCAAUCAGACAGCGAGAGAGACCAACCACCAGAAGGCAAGUUAAAUCUUUCUUGGGCUUGGUGGGAUGGUAUCGCCGGUUCAUUCGUAACUUUUCAGCGAGGGCCGCACCUCUGUCCGAUUUAACCAGUCCAAAGAAAAUGAAGUUGGUGUGGGGAGAGGAGCAGGAUCAUGCUUUUCAGGAUCUUAAAGAGGCUCUGUGUCAAGAGCCAGUGCUGCAAAGUCCAGAUUUCAACCUACCCUUCACAGUCCAAACGGAUGCCUCUCUUCGAGGAAUUGGAGGAGUUCUACUGCAAGGUUAUGGAGAGGACAAGAGACCUGUGGCAUACAUCAGCAGAAAGCUUUUUCCCAGAGAGACUAAGUAUUCUGCAGUGGAGUUGGAGUGCCUGGCUCUCAAAUGGGCUAUUGACACUUUCAAGUACUAUCUACUCGGGAGGGAGUUCAAGGUGGAAUCUGACCAUCGAGCAUUGCAUUGGCUGGAGCAAAUAAAAGAUACCAACAGCCGGAUCACACGUUGGUUUUUGUCUCUCCAACCAUAUCGGUUCUCCAUCCAGUAUCGUCCAGGAAAGCAGAACAUAGUUGCUGACUUUUUGUCUCGCAACGUGGUUUGCGAGCCUGCCGGAGGGGGGGGGGAGAAAUGUGAGGGAGAGGCCUCCCCUCACCAUACUUAAGUUCAGGUACUCUUGUACAUCUUUUACACAUAUCAUUUAUUUAGUGUUUUGUUUACAAAUCCUUUUCUUCUUUGAGCUCACUUCCUGUAGGUGUGGCUGUGAGUGCACGCAUGGCUGCAUCCAGGAGACCCAGCUGAGAAUGAUUGCUGUGCUGAUCUCUGAGCUGAACCAAGUGGACUCAAGGGGGGGGGGGAUAUUUGUUUCAUUUGUUUAAUUUCUGUUCUGUUAUUUUGUUGCGUGUAGUUAAGUUAAAAUGUGUUAAAUUUAAAGUGCAAGAGUAUCUUGUGUCGUUUUAACUCUUCUGGGAACGUAGGUUUAGGUGGGAGGUUUUUUAUGACUUCAUUUGGGUUUGGUUUAGUCUUCCACUAUUUAAGAGGGUGUUUUCUUGUUUGAUGAGGUUUUGCUGGUUGAGGGUCAUGUCCUCUGUAAGUCCUCUGUUUUUCUUGAAAGAAAAAAAAGAAAA